CUGAAAGUGGGGCUCACUCCUAAAAUAACCCACCUGCCUCUGACUAACCCCGGCGAGCCAAGAGCCCCCGUGGCUGCCCCUCCUCAUCCAGCCAGACAAGCAGCUCAGAGGCAGCGCUCAGGAAAACCCGAGGGGUGUAAAAAUAGUGCCAGAGCAGCACAGCUCACCCGGCGGGGGCUGAGAGGCGAGCGCUCUGUUCACCACACGGUCAGGCUCAGAGAGGCCUGGGGGGAGCCCAAAAUAGUCCUCUGGCUCUGCAGCGCUGGGGAGGCCCCUUGCGGCAGGAGGCGGGAGAUGGGGCCAGGAGGGAUGGCUCAGCCCUCAGGCCCCAUUCAAUGACCCUGCCUGGUUGUCACAAGAGCAAUUCCCCCAGCAGGGCCCCGGGUACCUCCUGAUGGCAAGCAAGUCAGGAGAGUCCCUUCCAAACAUGCUGCCAAUUUGUAGCAGCGCCUGGCCCAGACCCCUGUUCUGUCACCAGGGCUGGACACGUCCGAAGCUCCAGUCUGGGUGUGGGCCAGGCCGUUAAAGUCUCGUCCCACGUUGCCUCCGGGUCCCCGGAGCCGGCUGUAAUCGUGAGGUAGCUGGAUGUUCCACACUGCUGUGUAAUCACCUCCCUGAGACUCAAGGGGCAGGUGUUGGCUUUGGAGAUGAAAUGAGACACACCCACCCCACGCAGUGGGACUCCAGGAAGCCCCGGGACCAUUCCCCUUCCCCGCCCUUCCUGGAGAACAGCGGCUCUCCCUCACUUUGCUUGUUACUGUUGGUCACCACCCCCAUCAGCCAACGCUCAUCUCCAUCUGGGGGCAGGAAGAGGCUGCCGCUCACGGGGCUGGGAGCAGCUGCCGGGCCGCCCUCCCGCGAGCCACAUCUGGCUGCAGUCGCCAUCAAGAUCUUGGGAGAGUCUCGAAUGAACCGCAGCUCCUUCUAAUUGAGCAGCAGCGCUGCUCGUUAAUGUUAGAAUUGCUGCGUGCUGCAAUCGCCUUAGGCUCUUGCUUACGAAAAGCCAACGACUGGCACCUCUUACAUGCGGCCACAAAGACUCAGGAGUUACCCAGCCGGCCAAAAACCUUGACGCUCUGAUGCCUGAGGAGCUCUUCCUGCUGCCCAGAUGUUGGCCCUCAGGCUACUUCUCCCACGGCUUCCUUCCAUGAACGCCACCUCACUACCCAUCAUAUUUUUUUCCUCUUGUCUCUUCUCUUGCAGGUGUCACAUGGGGAACCUUCUUAAAGUGUUGACUUAUAACGACCUUGAACAAGGCCCUAAUUUUUUCCUUGACUUUGAACAUGCUCAGCCCACAGAAGCCGAGACAGCUGUGUGGAACCAGGUCAACGCAGUGCUAGAGGAGGCACAGGCAAUCCUGGCUGAACUGCAGUCCUACACGGGGGCUGGCCUGGAGAUUAGAGAGGCAAUCCAAAAUCCCAAUGACCUCCAGCUACAGGAGAAGGCCUGGAAUGCCGUGUGCCCUUUAGUGGCAAAGCUGAAACGUUUCUAUGAGUUCUCUCUUCGACUGGAGAACGCUCUGCGCAGCUUGCUGGAAGCUCUGACCAGCCCACCCUAUGCCCCGACUCAGCACCUGGAGAGAGAACAAGCCCUAGCAAAGCAGUUUGCAGAAAUCCUACACUUCACUCUCACCUUCGACGAGUUCAAGAUGACCAACCCUGCCAUCCAGAACGAUUUUAGCUACUACAGAAGAACUCUCAGCCGAAAUCGCAUUAACAAUUUACAGUUGGAUGCCGAGAGUGACGUUAACAAUGAAAUGGCCAACAGGAUGUCUCUCUUCUACGCAGAGGCCACGCCUAUGCUUAAAACUCUAAGCAACGCCACAACCAAGUUUGUUUCAGAGAACAAGACCCUCCCCAUUGAGGACACAACUGACUGUCUAAGCACCAUGGCCUGUGUCUGCAGGGUGAUGCUGGAGACCCCGGAAUACAGGAGCCGGUUCACCAACACCGAGACCCUUCUCUUCUGCAUGCGAGUGAUGGUUGGCGUCAUUAUCCUCUACGAUCACGUUCACCCCGUGGGGGCUUUCGCAAAGACCUCCAAAAUCGAUAUGAAAGGAUGCAUCAAAGUCUUGAAAGAUCAGCCUUCAACCAGCACAGAGGGGCUCCUGAACGCACUGAGGUACACCACCCGGCACCUCAACGACGACAGCACAUCCAAGCAGAUCCGGGCCCUGCUGCAGUGAGCGCCUCGAGAGCGGUGCGGGGGGGAUCUGUCCGGCUGGGGCCUGGAGGCUUCACUUAGAACUGUCAGCAGAAAAUUUUAAAUGUUGCCAUGUUGCUAUAAAUAACCAUGAUCAUAUUCCUCAUUUUGUAAAGAAAGGGAAAAAGUUUUUAAAAAAAUAAAGAGACAGAAAUACAAGAACAAGCUAAGCAGCCCACAAAUCCGCCCUCCCCAACGUCCCCCUCCGCCCCCACCUCCCUCUAAAAAAGAUCAGUGUCCGAGUCUGACAGGCUGUGUGUCACUCACUCCGUGCGUCUCCGUUCCCCCGCCCCAUCAGUGGUGACGUGACAUGCCCAGUUCUCUG